GAUAACUGCGAAAGAAAGUUUGCCCAUCACACGUUUGAAUUUUGGAAGAACGAUCCAUGCAGCGUCGAGUGACAUUCACACUUUAGGAAAAUUGAAAUGCUCCGGCCAGAAGUUGGUCGACGGAAUGCCAACCUCUUGCGUGGAAUUGUGGCAGAUCGGUCAUGUCCUCAACGGCUUGUACUUGAUCAAGGGCGCGUCUCAAGUGGAAACAGUAUAUUGUGACUUUAGCAAAACUUCAACCGACGCAGGAUUUGAAACGUGGAUUGGCUUUGCUGAUGUCAAAUCAUCAUCUGUUUAUUUUUAUGUACAGAGGAAUACGACUUACUCAACUAACAACACUGUCGUUCCAUUUGAAAUCACAAGAACUAAUGUGGGAAAUGCCAUGGACCCUUUAACUGGAAUAUUCACAGCACCAAGACCGGGGAAAUAUUUUUUCGGUUAUUCUGGAAUUGCUGAUGUCACUCAAGGAACCAAUUUUGCACGCGUUGAUUUACAGUUGAAUGGUGUAAGGAUUGCACAAGGAUAUAGUCACACCACUCAUGAUACAUUUGCACACCAAUCCACUUUGGAGCUGAAUAAAGGAGACCAAAUAACACUGUUCUUGGUAGCCGGAGCUAUUCACGACAGCCGUUAUCUCUACACAAAUUUUGUCGGCUGGUUAGUCGAAGAAGAUGUGUUCAACUUCAAUGUGUAGUGAUAGCUGACAUAUCAUCAUACCAAAAAUCCAGUUGUGAUUCGGAUAGAUUCCUUGCGAUUCCUCGCGAUUCCUCUAUAGUAAAUUGAGUAGAAAGUUUGCUUCAAAUUUUUUAAUGGUUACUGUAACUGACAUAGGCUAUUAUACGAUUGAAAAAUAAUACAAUAAAUCAAGUGUU